CGCUCUUUUGCUCCUGCCUCAACCACUACCUCGUCACUUCGUCCCGACGGUGUUGAACACGAGGGGAAAUGACCACAAGAUAGUGGCGUUCGGAUGGCUUUAACCCUCUCUUUGUUACAACUUCCUGUUUUGACGCAAAAUUUCCUCCAAUCGCAUAGCCCGAAUGCGGUUUCCUGGGCCAAAGUUCAGCCCCCAAAACACAAUAAUGGGCAAUGGCUACCAGCAAACAAACCAAUCCAACAAGCUGCCGGCGGGUUCUUCCAGGGGGUUGCUCGCCAGUCGUUGAUGCCUUUGUUGCCGUGUUUAGGGCAUGUGAGCCAUCAUGGUGUCGUCCCAUCGACCAAACGAAUUAAAGUAACAAACUCCUUCCGUGAGACGGGUCUCGCUAUGUGUCAUUUGCGCCUGAAUUUGUCUUGAUGAUACCGGUCGGCAAGGGGUUUGGAGAGUCCUCGUACAUCUCGUUUUGAGGAAAAAAAGAAAAAAAAAAGAAAAAAAGACAAAUGCUCAAGACAAGCUGCUCACCGAAAGCAAUUAGCUUCCGCAGCUGAGCUGAAUCAUU